AUGGCGAGAACCAAAAAAUCGAAUCGGGAAAAUCAGGAUGGAAAUUUUGGUCGGAGUGAUGCAUUGGAGCCGGCGCACGAUGAGCAAGGAUCACCCAGGGAGGAGGACGACGAGCACCACGCGGCCGAAGAGAGUGAUUCUUCUGAGGAUGAGGUAGCUCCAAGGAAUACUAUUGGAGAUGUUCCGUUGGAGUGGUAUAAGGAGGAGGAGCAUAUUGGGUAUGAUAUAUCGGGGAAGAAGAUCAAGAAGCAGACCAGGAAGGAUAGGAUUGAUUCUUUCCUAGCUGGCGCUGAUGAUUCAAAGAGCUGGAGAAAAAUAUUUGAUGAGUAUAAUGAUGAAGAAGUGGAGUUGACAAAGGAGGAAAUUGGGAUUAUUAGAAGAAUAUUGAAAGGAAAGACACCUAAUACGGAAGUUGAUCCAUAUGCGGACUAUGUUGAUUGGUUUGUGUGGGAAGACAAAGGGCAUCCGCUCUCAAAUGCACCAGAGCCUAAAAGGCGUUUCAUUCCUUCAAAGUGGGAACAUAAGAAGGUGCUGUAUCAUCUUUUGCAAUUCGCAAGGGGAUGGAUUAAAUUUGACAAGCCAGAGGAAGAGCCACCCUUUCGGUUACUGUGGGAUGAUGAUUCUAACUUAGCAGACAGCAGAAGGCAUGGUUUAAGUUAUAUUCCUGCCCCAAAAUCAAAAUUACCAGGACAUGAAGAAUCAUAUAAUCCAUCUGUUGAAUAUAUUCCUACUCAAGAGGAAAUCAAUUCCUACCAGCUGAUGUAUGAAGAAGACCGCCCUAAAUUUAUUCCUAGAAGAUUUGAGUCUCUUAGAAGUGUACCGGCAUAUGAGAGUGCUCUCAAAGAAGGUUUUGAUCGUUGUCUGGACCUGUAUUUAUGCCCUAGAACACGAAAGAAACGUCUUAAUAUUGAUCCCGAGGCUCUAAAGCCAAAGCUACCGAGUCGUAAAGACCUAAGGCCUUAUCCAACAAUAUGCUAUCUUGAAUAUAGAGGCCACAUUGGCCCGGUGAAGUGUAUUUCAAUUGAAACAUCCGGACAGUGGAUUGCAUCUGGUUCCACUGAUGGUACGGUGCGUAUUUGGGAGAUUGAAACUGGACGUUGUCUCAAAGUCUGGGAUGUUGGUGAAGCUGUUCAGCAUGUUGCAUGGAACCCUUUGCCUGAACUUCCAAUUUUAGCAAUUUCCCUGGGUCAGGAUGUGCUUCUAUUGAACACUGGACUUGGCAAUGACGAGGAGCAGCUAAAGGUAAAAGAACUUCUCAAUGUUGCAGAACCUGUAAUAACAGAUGAUGCUUCUGAUAGCACACCUACUGUGAGUUGGAUUCCUUACACUAAAUAUGGUGGGAUCAGGUUGAAGCAUUUUAAGGCAGUGUCUACCGUUGAGUGGCAUAGGAAAGGAGAUUAUUUCACCACAGUUGUGCCAAGUGGUGAUUCUAGAGCUGUGCUGCUGCAUCAGUUAUCCAAAAAAUCCUCGCAUAAUCCUUUCAAGAAGUUGCAUGGACUUCCGGUUUCAGCUGUCUUCCACCCCACACGUUCCAUUUUCUUUGUUGCAACUAAGAAACAUGUCCGUGUUUAUGACCUUGUAAAGACAAAAUUGAUUAAGAAGCUUGAGGCAGGAGUCCGUGAGAUCUCCUCCAUUUCAAUACAUCCGGGAGGUGACAACGUGAUUGUGGGAAGCAAGGAGGGUAAAAUGUGUUGGUUUGAUAUGGACCUCUCAUCACAGCCAUACAAAACACUCAAGAUUCAUCCAAAAGAUAUUACAAAUGUGGCUUUCCAUCGCUCCUACCCUCUUUUUGCCUCAUGCUCUGAUGAUUGCACAGCAUAUGUAUUCCAUGGCAUGGUUUAUUCAGAUCUCAACCAGAAUCCCCUUAUUGUGCCCUUGGAAAUUCUCCGUGGUCACACAAGCUCAAAUGGCCGAGGUGUUUUGGACUGCAAGUUCCAUCCAAGGCAGCCAUGGUUAUUUACUGCUGGUGCAGAUUCAGUAAUUAAGCUUUACUGUCAUUGAGAUAUUUCUAGACGAUUUCAGACUAUGCUCAACAGUGUCAUUAAUGAUUUCAUAAAAGCUAACCUUAUGCUGAUGGACACCAUAAAACUCGCAUAUCAUACGGAAGGCGAACAUGCCCAAUGGAGCUCUUGUUUCAGCAGCGAACAUCUUCAGACAAUUCAUUUGUACCAUGUAAUUUCAUGAUUCAAAUCAAACUCAGAGCUACAAUUUUGUUUGAGUAGCUCAUGUAAGGCUUUUCUCUACACAUUUUUAAGUUAGUUUAACGGAAUUGGUCAUCAUAAUAUAUAUUUUGAUCUACCCUUGUGUUUA